AUGGGGGCAUUCCACUGCUGUAGAUAAGCAUGGAUAGAACCAAGACCAGAAAGAAGCCGUGAUUCUGAGAAAUCGAAGCAAGAGAGACGAAGAAAUGGAGAAGUACUUCGGAAAUGCUUACAGAGGCGACCCUGGAGUUCCACACACUGACCCAGAUCGUUUUGUAAACAUUUGGAUUGGAUCCGCCGCCUUCUCCAUUCUCACAUGGAAGAAUCCCUACAUGUGGCAACUCUCCAAUCAGUUCAAUUGGCAUGAUAAAGCGUUUUUGUUUGAGCAAUACCACUGGAAAAAGGCUCGUGAAAAGAAUCAGCCAUACCAGUUCAAGUGGAAUCAGUACAUGGACAAGCUCCACCGGGAUUCCUAUUAUUACAACUGGCCCGUGUACUUUCCUUAAGAUCUCGGACUAUGUAAGAAAAUUGUUGCUUGGAUGCUUAGUUAUUUGGUUUGUUACUGCAGCAUAUAGAGAUUACUAUUGCACUCAGGCUGGAAGGUUUAUGAAUGUGUAGAAUCAUAUUUGUUUAAAUCUGUUUGGAUAACAGCAUGUCGUGUGGUCGUUCUAUUCUGCAGUAAUGAUUUUGGGAAUGGAUGAACCAUAAUUGGUACCAUUUGCAA